AUGGGAUUGAAUAAUCGGGAUAAGCAGACGAAGCUGAAAACUCAGAGUCUGCUAGACUCGGAGCGUACCGGACAGCAGACGGUGACAACGGUGACCGUGGAUCACGGUACGGUUGCGAUGCCACUGGAAACGAUGGCCGUCAGCUCAUCGACGAACAGCAGUUCCACGUUCCAGCAAUCGUCCACGUCGUCGUCCACGACGAAGAUGCAGUCCAGCGCGGAUAAAUUCCAAAAGUCCACCACCGAAGGUCGUGCGAGUGAAGUGCGUGAACGAAGCUCCAAAACAGAUGGACAAAAGUUCAGCUCCGUCAGCAGUAUGCGUAGUGAGGCGAGCAAGUCGAAACAGAUCGAUAACAUCAUCGAAGAGAUACAUCAUAUCGCGAGUGAUACGAUCGGUACGACGGCAUUGAUUGGUGCAUCGGCCGGACUGGAGCUACCAGCGAAGGUAACACAGAAAACCGUGCGGGUGGGCGGUGGUGCCAGUGAACGGAAGGAAUCGUUCGUCAGUGACAGUGUGGCCGGAGGUCGUACCACCGUGUCGAGUGUGUCCGGUGACGCUAGUCACCAAGUGAUAUCGGCCAUCGGUCCCAGCAAGAUCGAGAUCUCGAAAAUGGCUCUUGAUAGCAGUGCGCUAAGCAGUGUUACCAGCAGCACUAGCAGCAAAGUCAUGCAAAGUAGCAGUGCCAUAGAGAAGAAAGAACAACACCAGCAGUCAUCACACAGUGCGGUGCAUAGUGAGCAGAGUGUGUCCGAAUCCAGUGCAAUCUCCAGUUCGCAAACGACUGAGUCCAAGUCGAGCAAAAGCACCCGCACGUCUGCUACCAGCUCUAGCCAAUCAAUGUCCACCGCUCAGAGCAAGACGGCCCAGUCCGUAUCGGAAACAUUCCAAUCGUCCGCGCUUGGUGAAAACGUGAAGUCUUCGAUGUCUACCGGUGCUGGGCGACAGAACGGUGUGCUGUCCGUCGAUGGAAAGCAGCCAUCGGCCGUACAACGCCUGCCCGAUCAUUCCACGUUCGAUCAGAAAUCAUUCCAGCUCGUGGAUGCAGACGGCAAGACUCGCCAGCAAGUUGACAGCCAAAGUUUCUCUACGGCUCAGAGUCAAGCACCGACGACCAAAAUCUCGUACGAUGCGGCCGGCAAUCAGAUCACAAGCACAUCUGCUUCGUAUCAGGCUGCGCAGGGCUACAGUACGUCGUCUUUCCAAAGUUCCGGAGGUGUUGACUUAAAACCGUCAACGGGGAAGCUUGGGGACAAGGAUGGAAAACCUCGUCAGCUUGUCGGCGGCCAAAGCCAGACGAUGUACGAUGCUGCAGGCAAUCUGCUCACGAGCACCUCGUCAUCGUAUCAAGCUGCACAAGGUUACAGUUCCUCGUCUUUCCAUACUACCGAAGGUGUCGAGCAAAAGUCAUCCCACGACAUCAUGUCGAGUUCAUCCACAAAACGGGCACAAAAUGUAACCUCCUCCAAGGGCGGGAUGUCCUCUACGGCUAAGGAUUCAGUUAUCGAUUCAACGACACUGGACAACUAUUCCGUGCAGCAUGAUUCCGCAACUGGACAGCAUUCCAACAAUAUGCUCAUGAAAACCGAAUCUGCCCAUACGGUAGCAAGUCUAUCGUCGGCGCACGACUCACUAGCCAAUACCAUCCAGAGCACACAGCUGAUCACGGAAUCGGCCAGCCAGGCUGAACAACGGCAGCAACAUUCCGAAUCGACGAAAACGAUCGAAACGGCCUCGCACUACGCUCAAAUGGACGAAGAAAGCCGCUCCCGCCGGAAGACGUCGGAGUAUCGUGAACAGCGCGAGUCUAAUGCCGCCAUUCUGAAGCGCAAGAUCUACGACGAGCAUGGCCGUCGAUUGAACUUGAUUGAUGAGAAAAUUGUGCCGAAAGACAUCGUGACGGCUGAUCUGCAAGACGAUGUAACGAACGUCACUAAGACUUCGUUUGAGGCGAAAAUUUUCAACCCCAAGCUCAAGCGUUGGGAGCUGGUCGAUCAAAAGACGAUCCUUGAGAAGGAUGUAACUACCGACAUACCGGUGGAGAUCGUACAGGAGCUCGAGGUGGAGCGACCGGAACUGGCCAACAUUACCACCACGAUUCAAAUGACGAAGGUCUACGAUGCGAAAACCAAACAAUGGAAAACGAUCGAUCAGAAGAAGCAUAUCGAUGUGCUGGAAAAGAUCACCUUCCUCGAGGAGAGUUCCGGACGCUCGGAGUUGGAUGAAUCGGAACGAACCAAAAACCUUAAAUCCAUGGAUAUGGUGGAUCGAGUGACGAUCAAGGAAGUAAGCGAUUUGAGUGAUGAAAAACGAACCCAGACCAGCAAAAGCACCAAGCGCAAGGACGAACAAACCAUACAGGAGCAGUGCAUCUGUGAAAUCUGUACCUGUGGGCGUCAUAAUUGCUACAACUGCGGUGGAGGAAAUACAACGACUCAAACCAAAUCAUCAAAGUACUCUGCCAUGAGCAAUUCGGAAAAUUUUUACCAUCAAGAAAAUUUCACAUCGGAGCUCAGUGCGCAAAAGUCUUCCGGACGCAGAGGAACAUGGACUAUAGAAGAUGCAGAAGAUCAUUUAAAUCGCCGAGAAUCGUAUACAAUUGAACGAAGUAGUACCACGCAGGAAGCAUCUGAUCGAAGACUAACAUGGACUAAAGAAGAUUUUGAAAAACUUGAUAUCGCAAAGCUGAAAGCCGAUUAUGUGCGACCGAAGCCUAUCAAGCAUGAAGAUAACCUUAAACCAGAGGGAGAUUUUAUGGUACCCGAGCGAGUGGGUUAUGUCCCAGGGGAACGAGUAAAACCUAUAAGACAUGAUGAUAACCUACGUCCCGAGGGCGAGUUCUCUACUCCAGAAAAGUUGCAGUACAGACCGGCCGAACGUCCGAAGCAAAUCAAACCGGAGGACAAUCUACGUACCGAGGGAGCGUUCCAGUCUCCCGAGCGUCCGGAAUAUCGCCCUGGAGAGCGUCCUAAGCCGGUGCGUCAUGAUGAUAACCUACGUCCAGAGGGAGACUUCGAACGUCCUGAGAAGGCGCCAUUCCGACCGGCCGAGCGUCCGAAGCAGAUUCGGCCCGAAGAUAAUCUCAGACCUGAAGGAGAUUUCCAGAAGCCUGAGAAGCCUCAGUACAGACCAUCUGAGCGUCCGAAACAAAUCAAACCGGAGGACAAUCUUCGUCCUGAAGGGGAGUUCCAGUCGCCUGAACGUCCGGAAUAUCGCCCUGGAGAGCGUCCUAAGCCAGUGCGUCAUGAUGAUAACCUUCGUCCGGAAGGAGACUUCGAACGUCCAGAAAAGUCUCCGUUCAGACCAGCCGAGCGUCCGAAGCAGAUUAAGCCCGAAGAUAACCUUCGCACUGAGGGAGAGUUCCAGACUCCAGAGCGUCCGGAAUAUCGCCCUGGAGAGCGUCCUAAGCCGGUGCGUCAUGAUGAUAACCUUCGUCCGGAAGGAGACUUCGAACGUCCAGAAAAGUCUCCGUUCAGACCAGCCGAGCGUCCGAAGCAGGUUCGGCCAGAGGACAACCUAAGACCUGAAGGAGACUUCCAGAAGCCUGAGAAGCCUCAGUACAGACCGGCCGAGCGUCCGAAGCAAAUUAAGCCGGAGGACAAUCUUCGUCCUGAAGGAGAGUUCCAGUCUCCUGAACGUCCGGAAUAUCGCCCUGGAGAGCGUCCGAAGCCGGUGCGUCAUGAUGAUAACCUACGUCCGGAAGGCAACUUUGAACGUCCAGAGAAGACUCCGUUCCGACCGGCCGAGCGUCCGAAGCAGGUUAAACCGGAAGACAACCUUCGUCCGGAGGGCGAGUUUUCUACUCCAGAGAAGCCUCAAUACAGACCGGCCGAGCGUCCGAAGCAGGUACGACCCGAGGACAAUCUUCGUCCUGAAGGAAACUUCGAAACGCCGGAGAAACCUCAGUACAGACCAGCUGAGCGUCCAAAACAAGUACGGCCACACGAUAAUCUCAAACCAGAAGGCGAUUUCGAAAGACCUCAACCUACAAUUGUUGGAAAGGCUGAAAGAGCGCAAAUCGUUCGACAUGAAGAUAAUCUCUACAUGGAAGGCAACUUUGAACGCACCGAGAAAACGGUAUACAUUUCUGGUGAGCGACCGAGGCCCAUACGUCCCGAUGAUAACCUUCGUCCGGAAGGAGACUUCGAACGUCCCGAAAAGUCUCCGUUCAGACCAGCCGAGCGUCCGAAGCAGAUUAAGCCCGAAGAUAACCUUCGCACUGAGGGAGAGUUCCAGACUCCAGAGCGUCCGGAAUAUCGCCCUGGAGAGCGUCCUAAGCCGGUGCGUCAUGAUGAUAACCUUCGUCCGGAAGGAGACUUUGAACGUCCAGAAAAGUCUCCGUUCAGACCAGCCGAGCGUCCGAAACAGCAAAUUAAGCCGGAGGACAAUCUUCGUCCUGAAGGAGAGUUCCAGUCUCCUGAACGUCCGGAAUAUCGCCCUGGAGAGCGUCCGAAGCCGGUGCGUCAUGAUGAUAACCUACGUCCGGAAGGUAACUUUGAACGUCCAGAGAAGACUCCGUUCCGACCGGCCGAGCGUCCGAAGCAGGUUAAACCGGAAGACAACCUUCGUCCGGAGGGCGAGUUUUCUACUCCAGAGAAGCCUCAAUACAGACCGGCCGAGCGUCCGAAGCAGGUACGACCCGAGGAUAAUCUCAGACCUGAAGGAGACUUCGAAACGCCGGAGAAACCUCAGUACAGACCAGCUGAGCGUCCGAAACAAGUACGGCCACAAGAUAAUCUCAAACCAGAAGGCGAUUUCGAAAGACCUCAACCCACAAUUGUUGGAAAGGCUGAAAGAGCGCAAAUCGUUCGACAUGAAGAUAAUCUCUACAUGGAAGGCAACUUUGAACGCACCGAGAAAACGGUAUACAUUUCUGGUGAGCGACCGAGGCCCAUACGUCCCGAUGAUAACCUUCGUCCGGAAGGAGACUUCGAACGUCCCGAAAAGUCUCCGUUCAGACCAGCCGAGCGUCCGAAGCAGAUUAAGCCCGAAGAUAACCUUCGCACUGAGGGAGAGUUCCAGACUCCAGAGCGUCCGGAAUAUCGCCCUGGAGAGCGUCCUAAGCCGGUGCGUCAUGAUGAUAACCUUCGUCCAGAGGGAGACUUCGAACGUCCAGAAAAGUCUCCGUUCAGACCAGCCGAGCGUCCGAAGCAGGUUAAACCGGAAGACAACCUUCGUCCGGAGGGCGAGUUUUCUACUCCAGAGAAGCCUCAAUACAGACCGGCCGAGCGUCCGAAGCAGGUACGACCCGAGGACAAUCUUCGUCCUGAAGGAAACUUCGAAACGCCGGAGAAACCUCAGUACAGACCAGCUGAGCGUCCGAAACAAGUACGGCCACAAGAUAAUCUCAAACCAGAAGGCGAUUUCGAAAGACCUCAACCUACAAUUGUUGGAAAGGCUGAAAGAGCGCAAAUCGUUCGACAUGAAGAUAAUCUCUACAUGGAAGGCAACUUUGAACGCACCGAGAAAACGGUAUACAUUUCUGGUGAGCGACCGAGGCCCAUACGUCCCGAUGAUAACCUUCGUCCGGAAGGAGACUUCGAACGUCCCGAAAAGUCUCCAUUCCGACCGGCCGAGCGUCCGAAGCAGAUUAAGCCCGAAGAUAACCUUCGCACUGAGGGAGAGUUCCAGACUCCAGAGCGUCCGGAAUAUCGCCCUGGAGAGCGUCCUAAGCCGGUGCGUCAUGAUGAUAACCUUCGUCCGGAAGGAGACUUCGAACGUCCAGAAAAGUCUCCGUUCAGACCAGCCGAGCGUCCGAAGCAGGUUCGGCCAGAGGACAACCUAAGACCUGAAGGAGACUUCCAGAAGCCUGAGAAGCCCCAGUACAGACCGGCCGAGCGUCCGAAGCAAAUUAAGCCGGAGGACAAUCUUCGUCCUGAAGGAGAGUUCCAGUCUCCUGAACGUCCGGAAUAUCGCCCUGGAGAGCGUCCGAAGCCGGUGCGUCACGAUGAUAACCUACGUCCGGAAGGCAACUUUGAACGUCCAGAGAAGACUCCGUUCCGACCGGCCGAGCGUCCGAAGCAGGUUAAACCGGAAGACAACCUUCGUCCGGAGGGCGAGUUUUCUACUCCAGAGAAGCCUCAAUACAGACCGGCCGAGCGUCCGAAGCAGGUACGACCCGAGGACAAUCUUCGUCCUGAAGGAAACUUCGAAACGCCGGAGAAACCUCAGUACAGACCAGCUGAGCGUCCGAAACAAGUACGGCCACAAGAUAAUCUCAAACCAGAAGGCGAUUUCGAAAGACCUCAACCCACAAUUGUUGGAAAGGCUGAAAGAGCGCAAAUCGUUCGACAUGAAGAUAAUCUCUACAUGGAAGGCAACUUUGAACGCACCGAGAAAACGGUAUACAUUUCUGGUGAGCGACCGAGGCCCAUACGUCCCGAUGAUAACCUUCGUCCGGAAGGAGACUUCGAACGUCCCGAAAAGUCUCCAUUCCGACCGGCCGAGCGUCCGAAGCAGAUUAAGCCCGAAGAUAACCUUCGCACUGAGGGAGAGUUCCAGACUCCAGAGCGUCCGGAAUAUCGCCCUGGAGAGCGUCCUAAGCCGGUGCGUCAUGAUGAUAACCUUCGUCCGGAAGGAGACUUCGAACGUCCAGAAAAGUCUCCGUUCAGACCAGCCGAGCGUCCGAAGCAGGUUAAACCGGAAGACAACCUUCGUCCGGAGGGCGAGUUUUCUACUCCAGAGAAGCCUCAAUACAGACCGGCCGAGCGUCCGAAGCAGGUACGACCCGAGGACAAUCUUCGUCCUGAAGGAAACUUCGAAACGCCGGAGAAACCUCAGUACAGACCAGCUGAGCGUCCGAAACAAGUACGGCCACAAGAUAAUCUCAAACCAGAAGGCGAUUUCGAAAGACCUCAACCUACAAUUGUUGGAAAGGCUGAAAGAGCGCAAAUCGUUCGACAUGAAGAUAAUCUCUACAUGGAAGGCAACUUUGAACGCACCGAGAAAACGGUAUACAUUUCUGGUGAGCGACCAAGGCCCAUACGUCCCGAUGAUAACCUUCGUCCGGAAGGAGACUUCGAACGUCCCGAAAAGUCUCCGUUCAGACCAGCCGAGCGUCCGAAGCAGAUUAAGCCCGAAGAUAACCUUCGCACUGAGGGAGAGUUCCAGACUCCAGAGCGUCCGGAAUAUCGCCCUGGAGAGCGUCCUAAGCCGGUGCGUCAUGAUGAUAACCUUCGUCCGGAGGGAGACUUUGAACGUCCAGAAAAGUCUCCGUUCAGACCAGCCGAGCGUCCGAAGCAGGUUCGGCCAGAGGACAACCUAAGACCUGAAGGAGAGUUCGAGAAGCCUGAGAAGCCCCAGUACAGACCGGCCGAGCGUCCGAAGCAAAUUAAGCCGGAGGACAAUCUUCGUCCUGAAGGAGAGUUCCAGUCUCCUGAACGUCCGGAAUAUCGCCCUGGAGAGCGUCCGAAGCCCAUACGUCCCGAUGAUAACCUUCGUCCGGAAGGAGACUUCGAACGUCCCGAAAAGUCUCCGUUCAGACCAGCCGAGCGUCCGAAGCAGAUUAAGCCCGAAGAUAACCUUCGCACUGAGGGAGAGUUCCAGACUCCAGAGCGUCCGGAAUAUCGCCCUGGAGAGCGUCCUAAGCCGGUGCGUCAUGAUGAUAACCUACGUCCGGAAGGAGACUUCGAACGUCCCGAAAAGUCUCCGUUCAGACCAGCCGAGCGUCCGAAGCAAAUUCGUCCUGAGGAUAAUUUACGUUCGGAAGGCAGUUUCGAAAAGCCUGAGAAGCCUCAGUACCGUCCUGCAGAAAGACCAAAGCAAGUGAAACCACAGGAUAAUUUGAAGCCAGAAGGAGACUUUGACCGGCCCAAACCGAGCCCGGUAGGUAAACCAGAACGUGCCCAGAUUGUCAAGCAUGAAGAUAAUUUACGAGUAGAAGGAACCUUCGAAAGAGUAGAAAAAACGGUAUUUGUCGCAGGCGAACGUCCAAAACCGAUUAAGCCUGAUGAUAAUCUCCGCCCAGAAGGAGAUUUUGUGACUCCAGAGAAACAACAGUAUCGCCCAACAGACAGACCGAAACAAAUCAAACCUCAGGAUAAUCUUCGUCCGGAGGGAGACUUCGAACGUCCACAAAAAUCUCCGAUCGGACCCGGUGAGCGCCCCAAACCUAUUAGACAUGACGAUAACCUACGACCGGAGGGUUCAUUCGAACGGCCAGAGAAGGCUACUUUCAAACCGGGUGAGAGGCCCAAACAAAUACGGCCGGAGGAUAACUUGCGCACUGAGGGUGAGUUUGAAAAGCCAGAAAAGCCACAGUUCCGUCCGGCCGAGCGUCCGAAGCAGGUUAAGCCUCAAGAUAAUCUGCAAAUUGAAGGAGACUACAAUACAUUCAAGGAAUACAACGAACUGAAACAACGAAAGGAAGCCGUAUUGAAAGAGGUGCAAGAACCAACUAUCGCUGAUGGAACCGUGCUGGUGACCACACAAACUGUCACAACCAUCCUGAAGGGCGAAAAGAAACAACCAACCGGGCGACAAAUUACAACCAGUGAGGUACAUGAUCAUGCUACCCGGUCAGAAUCGGAAUCAUUCACGCACAGCCAGACACAACAGCAGCACCAUACCAGUGAGCAGGUUUCUAGUUCUACUGCCAUUAACCGAGCGCAGCGUAAUGAAGCUAGCAUCAACGAACGCGAUCGUACCACUUCGCAACGAUCCACGACGAAACAUACGCAAUCGAUUCAAGACGUUUCGGACCGAAAUGUUGCCGAAUCGGUAAUCAAUCAAAGCCAGCAUCACGCGGUCAAUGCGAAAACGGUUGUCAGCGGAAUGACACAGCAGCAAAGUCACAGCCAGAGUGUGAAAUCAUCAUCCUCCAGUUCGAAACUUCACCAGACAAGUUCCUCCAUGCAGCAACAUUCGUCUAAUAGCAGCAGCACUCAAGUGCACCAAGACUCCCGGCAUCAUUUACAGCACGGAGAUGCACACCACACGCAUACGAAUGGUACAAUUGCACCAUCUGAUGGUGGCCCUAAAGGAGUACAUCAUCACACGCGGGAGCAAGUAACAGGCUCUCAAGUUUCGUCUUCGAGCAGCAAGAUCGUCAUCGAUGGAAAGGUCGUGACAGACCAGUCGGCUUCCUCGAAGCAGGCCACCGAAAAGCUUGCGAUCGAUGGUGUAGUUGUGACGGAUAAAAGCUUCGUUGAAAGGCAGAAAACCGGAUUUGACGGUAUGGAAAGUAUUUCAAACGCCCACAGUACACAUGGCACCAGCAGCGUCCUUCACGAUGCGACCUCCAGUUCCAUUGGAAGUCGUGCGACCACAAAGUCGCACAGCCAAAUGCGCUCGUCGAACAAUAUCAUUCACGCCGAGGCCACGAACGGCCAUUCGAUGGGACAACGAAACGGUACCCAGACAACGUCCGCAGGUCGAACUUCAUCUGGUCAAACAACUGAGACACAAGUGAAGAAACUGAUUGGUGGAAAAUGGGUAACGAAGACGAUCAAGACGGAAAGUAAGGCUUUGGGUAGCGAUCAACAUCAGCACGGUUCAGAACAUGGGGCUAGUAAGCUGUCGGUGUCCGAUCAGGUGGAUCGCCACCAGCAUCACAGCAAGGUGUCGGGGGUGGAAAUGCACACGCACACUGCAUCCACCUCUAGUUCGGCAGUGAGCAAAUCUGAAUCGAGCAGCACUAUGAUUAGCGAUAAGGUUGUGCAGCGUGGAGUUCGUACGGGUGAAACAACAACCGCAUCCGCAGGAUCGCCGUCCGGACGUACGGGCGCUCGGGGCAGCUCCAGCAUAGUACUGGGAGAGUCAACAGUAGAUAGUAGCUCCUCGAAACGCCAGCAGACGAGCAGUACCACCAAGCUGAUCGGUGGCAAACUGGUGCACAUGGCCAAUUCCAACGACACCAACGCCUCCACCGGAGCGGUCAAAGCUUCCACACAGAACGCCUCGAACGCUCACCACUCUUCGCUGCAGGAACAUCUGUCAUCGCAGACAGCAUCCGCAACAUCCGCAUCGAACGUGAUGAAGUCCAGCAAAACGGAGUCGAGCAGCAGUCAUGCACAGUCACAACAGCACUACAACCGCAAGAACACGUUCGCAUCGUCAGAAAACGUCAACAACUCGAUCCUCUGCCGACCGGCACAAACUUCCACCGCGACCACGACACAGCACGCCGCCAACGGAGUGGCCGGAGGCAUGAGCGUAUCCGGCUCGAUCCAGCGCAAGAGUAUCUCCAACCUGAACGACAGUGCGAUGUACUCGACCACGAACCGCACCAGCUACAGUUCGCUGCACCGACGGGGCAAAGAAUCGGUCGAGUCAAGGAUGCAGGACUACUCGAAAACACUCGAAACCGGCACGAUCAGCAGCCGUACGGUUCGGGGCCAGCCCUGUCCACCGCCGACGCUGGCCGGUACGGGAUUGGCCGGCAGCAGUACUGUGACCACGAGCUCCAGCGCAUCGGCUGCGAAUCAGAAAUCGCUCCGUGAUUACCACUCCGCCAUGAACGUGACGCGCAGCUCGACGAAGGCGAAUGCAUCGAGCAUCUCGUUCGGCGAUGACAAGUUCCACGGAACCAGCUCCUACAAGGUGCAGUACAUCCAGCAACACGAAGGACGCAGUCCAGCCGCCGUACACGACAAUAUGAAGCUGUCGAAGGUCACGAAACAGCACACAUACUAUGUGCGGGACAAGCAGUAG